AAACUAAAAACUAAAAGUUAGAUACUGAAUACUGAAUACUAAAAACUAAAAACUAAAAGCUAUGAAUUGGCGCGCUGCGGGUUAGUACACAGUCAAUCCGCCGUGUGUUACGUAUGAUCAUGAUGUGAGUUUUUGAUGCUUAUAUUUCUGUCGCAGAUAACACUAAAAUGUCUUUUUGCACUUUAGUUUGGUAGAGCAAACAUUUUUCUACAAAAUGAGAUAUUCGGCAACUCUAAGUGCGUUUUGAAAUCUGAUUCGGAACGGCUUUGCUGGAUGCCCUAAUGUCGAUUGUUAAUCGGUACAUGUCUAAUCCCGAUCGGGAUAUGCUUCUUCACGUUUUUAUGAAGGUAAAUGCUAUUAAGGUUAAAAAGUUGGAAUCCAGUGUAUUGCGAACCCAAUAUUACUCAAUAUUAUUGUACAAUAUUAUUGAGUGACCAAUAUUAUUGGUCCCAACAGAUUGGUAUGAAUGGUCAAAAUGAAGUAAUUAAUGUUUUAAUAGCAACUAAAUAUCAGCCCAUCAUUGAUAUUAUCAAAUCAUGCGUGAAUCAGUUUUCAAAUAACUUGCAAUUUAACUAUGUUAAUCCGAAUGACAUACCACAAUUACAUCAAUAUUUUCGAAGUGCUCAUAUUAUUUUUGGUGAACCAUUAACAUUUAUACCUUUUAUAAAUCAAUAUUUUACAACAAAUUUAAAAUGGCUCCAAUCAACGUAUGCUGGUGUUGAUACCAUUGUGAAAAAAUCAAAAAAUAAUAACUACAUUGUAACACGAGCUCCUGUUUAUGGUCAACAGAUGUCUGAAUAUUGUCUAGGUCACAUUAUUUCGCAUGAACGACAUUUUCCUUUAUUACGUGAAGCACAAUUGAAUAAACAAUGGCUAACAUGUUCUUAUCGAUUGCUAUCCAGUUUACGUGUUGGUAUAAUGGGUGCAAGUGGUG